AUGUUGCAAAGUAAACGUAAAAUUAUUGUUAGUACAACUAUAUUAAAUAAAGUUGACAAAUUACCCGGGUUACACUUAACAACAAAACACGAGUUUGGAAAUAAGGAAGUGCUGCUAAAAUGUAACGACACACAAUUCGUGGAAAUUAUAAAGCAAGAUAUGUACAAUAUUGAUAUGGUGGAUAGAUUACUUUUGUUAAUAAACUCAAUAUAUGGGUGUACUGAUUUUCAUUUCAAAGGAAGUAAAACAUAUCUUUUUGGAUCACGUAUGUCAGGUCUAGCACUUCAAAAUAGUGAUGUGGAUUUAUACUUUUCUAUCGCUGGAACUUUUGGUGGAACAUUAAGUUAUGAUCAUAAUGGUCAAAUUAAACUAGUACGGUACUUUGGAAAAAUGCUUCGUAGUAAAAAAAAUGAAUAUAGAAAUAUACAACAAAUAACUAGAGCACAAGUUCCAAUAGUGAAAUUUGUACAUGUCCCUACUGGCCUAAAUUGUGAUUUAUCUUUUAAAAGUGGCAUCAGCACACAUAACAAUAAAUUAGUCAGAUUGUAUUUAUCAUUGAAUGAACGUGUUCAUUGGGUAGUUUGUGCAAUUGUUAAACGUUGGGCGUUACAAAAUGAUGUGAAAAGUCAUAGUAUGUUUACUACCUUCGCUUUAACAUGGUUAGUUAUAUUUUAUUUGAUGGCUGUUGAAGUUGUACCUCCAUUAAUAUUACUCAGAGAACAUGCAGAUUCUUCAAAAAGUACAUUUGGAUCAGAUUUCAUGUUUAUAGAAGAUUGGGAUUGUACCUUCUGCACUCUAGAAAAAGCCAAACAAUUUUGGAAAGUACCAAUGAUUUCUUGUUGGGACUUAUUAUUUGGAUUUUUUAAAUUUUAUUCAAACUUUGAAUAUCUUAAGAAAUUUGUUUUUUGUCCAGCUAUUGGAAAGAUUAUAUCUAAGGACAAUUUUUAUAAAAUUGCAAUCUUAAGACCCGAUAUUAUAGGUUUAAAAAAAAAAAAAAAAGGCAACCUUACUGACUGGUGUGCAACAUUAAACAAUAAUUUUCAAGGUGAAGGUCUUGCACUACAAGAUCCUUUUGAUCUUUUUAACAAUUUAACAAAAUGUAUAGAGCUUAGAAAGCUAAAAACUUUCUCUCAUUUAUGUAAUAAAACCAUGGAAUUUAUGAACAAUUAA